GAUCCUGAGCGCUUCCCAGCCGGGAAAGAGGGCAAGUGGGCGCUUGAUGAUUCUGUGCUGUGCUACGACAAGGGAGCCGAGCUCUUUUGAUUUUCCCCAAGUCACCUGUGUGGGUGAAGUUCAAACCGGCCCCCGGGUGUCACCGGACUUCUUUCUCCAGCCUGAGGAGUUGCUUCUGUUUGUCUGCAGCAGGCGGCUGUCCCUGCUGCUCUCUGCCCCAGCGAGUGGGGAAGGAUGCCUGGGACAGGAGCAGGAUUACAGUAUGGGAUGCCGGGCACACACCAAAGAGUCCGAGUGCUUUGGUUCUGUUCUUCUCCAAGUCCUGACAAGUGUUCCUGAAAUGAACACCCUGCUUCAUUUUUAAAAUUAUGCCAAACCAAGUGCCACAAUGUGGCUAGGAUAAAUUUUUUUUUGUUUGUUUAUUUCCUACCCCUCUCUCCUUUUCUUUGUAAUUGGGUGACAUAGAAGCAGUCUCUCUGCAUCAUGCUGUGCCUGACUCUCAACAUUGAAUAAGUGGGAAGGAGCAGGUUUGUUUAAAAGGACACGGAAGGAUUGUAAAACCGAGCUUCUUGUUUGCUGGGCUGUCCUUCGUAGUCGAUUUUGAUGUGAAAGAAGAUGAAAAAGGAAGGCUCGUUCAGACUCAAGUCAAAUUCAGGGUCUCUCUCACGUGCUGUGAGUUGGAUAAAUUUCUCCUCCUUGUCCAGGCAGACAAAGAGGCUGUUUCGCAGUGAUGGAGAGCUCUCGGUCUGUGGGCAGCAGGUGGAAGCAGAUGAUGAAAACUGGAAUUACAGAACCCAGCCCAGAAAAGCGGUUUCCAACCUAGAUGAGGAGAGUAGAUGGACAGUCCACUACACUGCUCCAUGGCACCAGCAGGAGAAUGUGUUCCUUCCCACCACAAGACCACCCUGUGUAGAGGACCUGCACCGCCAAGCCAAGCUCAACCUCAAAUCAGUAUUGAGGGAAUGCGAUAAACUAAGACGAGAUGGCUACCGAAGUUCUCAGUACUACUCCCAGGGGCCCACCUUUGCAGCCAAUGCCAGCCCACUCUGUGAUGAUUAUCAAGAUGAGGAUGAAGAAACAGAUCAAAAGUGUUCUGUUUCUUCAUCAGAAGAAGAAAGACUUAUUUCCAUCAGGAGACCUAAAACGCCAACCUCAAGUGACUUCUCCGACCUUAAUACUCAAACGAACUGGACCAAGUCACUUCCUUUGCCAACACCAGAAGAGAAGAUGCGACAGCAAGCCCAGACAGUCCAGGCUGAUGUGGUUGCCAUUAACAUAACUGGGGAGAAUUUCGAUCGCCAGGCCAGUCUUCGGCGGUCUCUAAUUUACACAGACACUCUGGUAAGACGACCGAAGAAAGUCAAAAGGAGAAAGACUAUUACAGGAGUCCCUGACAACAUACAGAAGGAGCUAGCAUCAGUCACUGGCCAAGAUGAUGGUGGUGGUCACUCGUUGUACACCCCAGACCACUGCUCCACACUGGGAAGGCUUGAUAGCUAUUGCUCUGCUGGGCAGCGCUCAGAAACCAGGGACUCCAGCUGUCAGACUGAGGAAGUGAAAGUUGUACCCCCUUCAAUGAGAAGAAUCAGGGCACAGAAGGGGCAAGGCAUUGCUGCCCAGAUGAGCCACUUCUCAGGCUCCUCCGGGAACAUGUCUGUGUUGAGUGAUUCUGCAGGUAUUGUGUUCCCUUCUCGCCUCAACAAUGAUGCUGGCUUCCACAGUCUCCCACGUUCUGGAGCGAGGGUGAGUGUUCAGUCCCUCGAGUCACGAUUGGGUGCCCUGAGCCCUGCAGAAGACCUGGAUGGCACUUAUCCCUACCAGAGUGGUCACCCACAAGUAGAUGAAAAUUCAGGACAUUUGGGAGGUGCCUCAAGGACUGGAAUGCUUUUGAGACCCAAGUCCCAGGAGCUGAGGCAUUUUGAGAAUGUGAUCAGCCCAGCGUGUGUGGUCUCUCCUCAUGCCACCUACUCCACCAGCAUCAUCCCAAAUGCCACACUCUCUUCCUCUUCAGAGAUUAUUAUUAUUCACACUGCUCAGAGUUCAGGACAGCUGGACAGUAAAAUCACCAGCUCCUCUUCAUACUCAAAGAUAAAAUCUAGAGACCACCUCCUCUCCAGGCAUACUAGUAAAGAUGAUCAUCAGUCUCCCAGUGGCAACUGGACAGAGGGUCACCCCAGCAUUCUUUCACAGGCCUUAGAUCCCCAUACCUCCAGUGCAACCAUGCUAUUGUCCCUCUGUGAUUCAGUGGUUUCUCUAAAUACUUCAGCAAAUCGGGAGAAUGGGUCCCAAGCCAUGAGCUAUAACUGUAAAAACAACCUGAGUUCUCCAGUCCACGCCCAGGAUGUGGAUGGCAAGAGUGAGUCCAGUUAUUCAGGAGGCACGGGGCCCAGCAGCUCGGAGCCCUGGGAAUAUAGUGCCUCCGGUAACGGGCAAGCAUGCCCACUGAAGGCUCAUUUGACAACGCCUGGUUACUCCACUCCCGGAAGUAAUGUGAGCAGCUGCAGCUUGGACCAAACAUCCCCCAAAGAUGAUGCCAGAUCCCUGUAUUCAGAGGAGCAUGAUGGCUACUACACAUCUGUGCACCCCGAUCCGGGACAGGGAUCUGGAAACCAGUACAAUAGUGAUGGCUUUGGGAACCCCAGGCACAGUGUGGUCAAUGUUUUUGAUGGAAGAGCUCCGAAAAACCAAGGGGACCGGUCACAUUACCAUGACAAGUCCCUUUCUCGAAACAUCUCUUUGAAGAAAGCAAAGAAGCCGCCUCUGCCACCCUCUCGGACUGACUCCCUGCGCAGGAUUCCCAAGAAGGGCGUCCAGUCCAAUGGGCAGGCGCUGAACGAGAGCCUGAUCGCCUCGCUGCAGCACUCGCUGCAGCUGAACCUCCCGGGCAAGGGCGGCAGCUCGCCCUCCCAGAGCCCCUGCAGCGACUUUGAAGAGCCCUGGCUGCCUCGCUCCCGCAGCCAGAGCACCGUGAGUGCCAGCAGCAGCAUGACCUCGGCCACCACCCCCAACGUCUACUCCCUGUGCGGGGCCACGCCGUCGCAGAGUGACACGAGCAGCGUCAAGUCUGAGUACACAGACCCUUGGGGUUACUACAUUGACUACACAGGCAUGCAGGAAGACCCCGGGCCCCCUGGAGGGGGCUGCUCAGCCAGCAGCGGGGUGCCGGCUGGAAAUGGGCCAGUCCACCACGUCCAGGAGGGACCCAGGACCCAAGUGCCUGGUGGCUCAGUCAAACCAAAGAUCACGUCGCCAGAGAAGUCCCACAGGGUCACUUCUCCAUCCAGCGGGUAUUCCAGCCAGUCGAAUACACCCACAGCACUCACCCCUGUGCCUGUGUUUUUAAAAUCAGUGUCACCAGCAAACGGGAAGGGGAAGACCAAGCCCAAGGUGCCAGAAAGGAAGUCCUCUCUGAUAUGUUCAGUAUCCGUCUCCUCAUCGUCCACGUCUCUGUCUUCCAAUACUUCCACGGAAGGAAGCGGGACAAUGAAGAAGCUGGACUCGGUGCUGGCCUCCCCCACUGCGGGUGCUUCUCUCCUUUCUCUCCCCUCACCGUGUCCUGCUGACAAGUCUCCUUUUCUUCCUCCUCCCCCACCUUUAGUAGAUUCCCCUGACGGCUCUCUGCCUCAGUCUCCCCUCUUCCCCCCUCCACCACCGGAAGUUCUCACUCCCUUCUCUCCCCCUGCCAGCGGGUGCCUCCCUCCUUCCCCCAGGGCACUCAGCCCCCUUACUCUGGGUGCAUCUGCUUCCCUGCCACUGCCCCCCGCUGCCCCACCCCUGGACCCUACAUUGAUGAAAGACGCCAGGCCUUCUUUCAAAAAGCCUGGCCAGCCCGAAUGCUCCCGGGAGGGCUUCCGGCAGCCUUGCAACAAGGAGGAAGGCGGGAGGCCCCCCAUGCCCCUGAUAACCACUGAAACGUUGCAGAUGGUACAGUUGAGGCCCGUGAAAAAGAACUCAGGAACCGAGCAAGCACUGUUCUAUGAACAAGUAUCUCAGGAAAAACUAACUCCGGUCGUUCCCCAGUAUCAUUUAAAGCCAUCUGCUUUCUUGAAAUCCCGAAAUAGCAUAAAUGAAAUGGAGAGUGAAAGCCAGCCUGCCUCUGUGACAAGCUCGCCGCCGCCUCCUGCCAAGAGCUCGAGUCAGGGUCACCGGGACGGUGCAGCCGAGCAUGGUCCCCCGAGCCGCGGCCCGGGCAGUGCCAGGGAGGCAGAGGCUGGGCCCGGGCCCCGGCCCGCCCCGCUCCAGGAGCCCCCCGGCCCUUCACCCAGCAGGAAGCCACCUCCCAUUUCCAAGAAGCCCAAACUGUUUCUCGUGGUGCCACCUCCGCAGAGAGAUCUCACAGCGGAGCCCGCGGAGCCCGUGAGCGGAGCAUCCCCCGGCCCCACGCGGGGCGAGGCAGCAGAGAGUGGUAGAGCCAGCGCUGGUCCUGAUGAGCCGGGCUCUGGCAGCGCCGUCCUCGGGGGAGGAGCCGCAGGAUCCCCGGCCCCGGCCCCGGCCCCGGCCCCAGGUGGAGUGAAAGCCGACGUCCCCAUGGUGCAGCCCGACGCGCCGCCAGCCCCCAAGCAGGAGGAGCCAGGUGCCGGGGCCAGCGCCGACGGCGGAGGCGACGUGGAGAGCUGCCUGCCUCUCCAGGACGGAGGGCCUGGGCUGCCAGAGCCUGACGCAGCCGGCUCUUCCUCGGAGGCCUGUGACUUCCGCAGGGAAGAAGGGAGUGAUGAGGUGAUGACCCCCAGUAGACCCCGGACCACAGAAGACCUUUUUGCAGCUAUUCACAGAUCCAAGAGGAAAGUCCUGGGCCGGAAGGAUUCAGAUGACGAUCACUCCCGAAAUCAUUCUCCCUCCCCUCCGGUGACGCCCACCGGUGCGGCCCCCAGCCUGGCUUCCCCCAAGCAAGUGGGGUCAAUUCAGAGAAGUGUCCGGAAGAGCAGCACCAGCAGUGAUAACUUCAAAGCUCUGCUGCUAAAAAAGGGGAGCCGCUCGGACACCAGCGCCCGCAUGUCCGCAGCUGAGAUGCUAAAGAACACAGACCCUAGAUUCCAGAGGUCAAGGUCAGAGCCUUCGCCAGAUACUCCCGAGAGCCCGUCAAGCUGCUCCCCCAGCAAGAACAGAAGGGCCCAGGAGGAGUGGGCCAAGAACGAAGGCCUGAUGCCUCGGAGUCUGUCCUUCUCUGGCCCCCGGUACGGGCGCAGUCGAACUCCACCUUCUGCAGCCAGCAGCAGGUACAGCAUGCGGAACCGAAUCCAGAGCAGUCCCAUGACUGUCAUCUCAGAAGGCGAAGGGGAGGCCACGGAGCCUGUAGAUAGCCGGGCUCACGGGGCCCUGGACACCGCCAGGGGGUGUUCCGUGAACGGACUAGGCGGGGAGCCCGCCACCCCCCUGCAGGCACAGGGUCCUGGCCCUGCUGAUGGGAUAGUCAGCGCAGAGGGCACACAUGGAGCAGAACAACGUGGAGGUCCUCAGAGGGAAGAGAGCUAGGGCCAAGCGUGUGACUCCCAGGUUACAUGAGGGAGGCACACACAACAUCGCUCUAGGAAAAGCCUGACAGGUGCCCUUCCCUGCCUUGCCCCUGGAUCCCACUCAGCGUCUGUGCUGUGGGCCCAGGCACCGCCAGCCCUGCAGCGGAAGGGGAGCAUCAUUUAGGACCCACCUGACACCUGUGGCUUAAAAGCAAGUAGAAGCUUAACUUCUGAAAGUGCUUCCUGGGGAAGAUUUUUUGUCCCCCCCCCCUUAAAUGCUGGGUGUGUGUGUGUGUGUGUGUGUGUGUGUGUGUGCAUUUUGAACACUUUUUAUGUUUAAAAAAAUACACACACAUACAAACAGCAUGUACAGAAAUAGGAGAAGGAAACACAGUUAAGCUGGGUAGAGUAAUGGAGUCUUAUGGACUAGGUGGUAAUUGCUUUAAAAGUGUUACAGUUUUGGAAAUUAGUUCCCAAAGAAGGGAGAGCAAGAACCAUCUCUUCUAAGAAAGAGGUGGUCGAUUUGCUGGUGUUGCUGCAGAGGACACGUAGGUGUGGGCACCGGUGUGCUUUCCAGCUGAGCCAAGUUGUGAUUAACCCAAAAUGAUGGGAAAGGGCUAAAUGACUAAUUGGUUCAGGUACUUUUUUCUGGGGAAAAAAGGCUUUGUUUCUUUUUUGUGAAAAUGACAAACAUGUGGAAGUGGCAACGCCGUAACUCGGAGCCUGCUGCUAUGCAGCCACAGGCACACAACUUUUAGCUUGACUUUUAGCCACAUGGGUAAUUUUUUAAAUGAAUUUCCUCCUUGAGUAGCAGCUAAAGCCUUUAAGAAUAGCAACAAUGGGGUGCACAUACCGAGAGGGUAGGAGAGGACGAGGAGCACAUAAUAAAAUACACUGCUGGAAGCUGUUUCCUGCUUAUUCAAUAAAAUUAUUUUUCAGAAUUAAAUUUGAAAACUUGCACUACAGAACUGUGGGUGGAGAUUUUCCUUUUACAACUGUUUUUACCAGAGUUUAAACUUCCAUUUGACAAUUUCUUAUCACUUGAAAUGUCAACAUUUGCUAACUUUUGGAUAUCCUUUUGGUUACACCAAAGAAAAAGGUAUGGCUAUUUUUCCUUGAACUGCCUACAGUAUCAUGUCCUCAUUUAGAAAGGUUUAUCAGAAUCUAUUAUAUAUUAUCUUACUUGGAAGAAAAUACUGAAUAGCUCUUGUUAGUCAAAUAACACUAAUACAAAUUGGCAGGGCUUGGCUAUUAGCCCUGGGAAAUGAGUUUUUAGAUUAAAAAGAUUUUUUGCAUUAAUUGGUUUGUGAGUUUUUAUAUUUUUUAUAAGGAAUUGAGUUGGCUAAUUACCUUCUAAUCUUCUCCAGUUAGAAUUUUAAUACUUUUAGGCUUGGGAGAAAAGUGUGUAAAGUAUUUAUUUUUUAUGUCCUAUUCUUGUGACCUCUUCCCCCCCACUCCCCUCAACUGCCGUGUACUUAGGCUCCUGUUAAAUUUGUUGGUUAAAUAGAGUAAGUCUUGUCCUCUUCAUUAGAAGGACCUGAGAGGAUAAUACUGAGAUUCUUGGCCUAGUACAAUGCAGCUGCCAAUGGUCAUCUUUUUUUGGUAUAAAAAUAUCAUCUAAAAGUUGCACUGCACAGUCCAAAUUAUCAAAAAGUUUAUUAUUCAUUACAAUUUUAGAUGCCCAUUUUAGACAUGUCUUUGAGACAAAAACAAAUUUAAAGAAUUAAGGCUUCUUCCGUUCUCUGAAGAAAACAAAACACUUAUUUUCACACAACCAGAAAUGAAGAUCUGAUAUUUGGUCAAAGGCUAAAGGACUUUUUACCAUUCGGAGCAAUUAUCUACCACAUUGGGCACAAGGAUCUUUUCUUCUAAAUUUUAGGAAAGUGGUGUUGGCUUUUGAAUAUGAAAUCUCAUAGCUCCCUAAACAAGAUUAGAAUGUACGUGAAUAUCAGAAAACUUUAACUUAAUAUAUACAUCAUUUAUGUUGAAGGUAAAGUAAACAACAUCAAAAUUAAUUAUAAAGCUAUUAAAAUCCCCAUUUUUAAAGAAAAAAAUAUUAGGUUUUAAAGUUUGCUUUGAAUAAAACAAUUGUAAAGUAAACAUUUGAACCUUAUUUCUUUUUGUUUGUACACGCAUUUUUUAAUAAUAAGGUAGAUCUCCUUUCAGAGAACUGUUGAGUGCUUUGCUGGGUACAAACAGAACAGCAGUGAAGACCAGAAGGUGCCUGUGGGAUGUGGGGACCCAACAGACAGGAGACAGAACAUCACAGACACGGUGGCUGGUGCCAUCUAAAAGGACAUAUGGAAGAACAACUCUGGGCAGUGUCCUAAGGACUUUUGAAUAAAAUCUGAAUAAAGCAUU